AUGGACGGUGAUCCGGCUGUCGAUCCGGGGCUUGACUCUUUCAGCUUGACUUUCCCUUUGCCAUACCGCGUUGGCUUUAUCGCAACCCUAGCCGUUUGGGGGUGGGGAUUGAACCUUCACUGCCUCUAUUUAUUCAACGUCGACGUCCCCCAGCUAAUUCGAUAUCCCGGUCGAGCAUCGCCGCAGCACAUACCGCACCAUGGCUCAACGUACCGCCUUGCGAUUGUUCUUUCAGCUUUGUUUGCGUUGUCUAUAUCUCUGUUCUGGUUAUGCACAUGGGGUGUAGCUGAACGUGUAAUUGCGUUUGGCUGGAUGCCGUUAGCAUACCUCGCAGUUCUGAUCGCAAUGUUUGUUGUCCCACUGCGAAAUCUACCAAGUGGCGGGAGACGAAGAUUCUUGGCUACAUUGAGGCGCGUGAGCAUAGGAGGUCUUGCUGAGCCUCAAGAUGGCAAAUUUGGAGACAUCCUUCUGGCUGAUGUUCUCACAUCAUACGCCAAGGUCUUUGGGGACCUCUUCAUCACUCUGUGCAUGUUUUUCACAGCUCAGGGGUCGUCUACACAACGACCUGAUCGCAAUUGUGGAGGAAUAGUCCUCGUGCCUUUCAUUAUGGGAGUGCCGAGUUUGAUACGAUUUCGCCAGUGUUUGAUCGAGUAUUUUCGUGUUCGGCGGGCUCCGUAUAAAGAGUCCACAGGAUGGGGCGGCCAGCACCUGGCUAACGCACUCAAAUAUUCAACGGCAUUCCCAGUUCUAGUCACCAGUGCUUGGCAAAGAUCGGUCGAGGAUCCCGAGUCCAAGGCAGCCCUCCACAAGGCUUGGCUUAUUGCUGUCGUCAUCAAUUCGGCCUACUCCUUCUAUUGGGACGUGGCCAAGGAUUGGGAUAUGACUCUCUUCUCUUCGAGACAAGACCGCGAAUCCCCUACUCAUUUCUUUGGGCUGCGAGAUCGCUUGGUUUUCAGAACCCCCAAUCUUUACUAUCUAGUUAUUGCCAUGGACCUGAUGUUGAGAUGCACAUGGUCAAUGAAGCUCAGCAGUCGCUUGGACAAGUUCAGUGAUCUGGAGGGAGGCAUCUUUCUUAUUGAAUUUCUCGAGGUUUUCCGUCGAUGGGUAUGGAUAUUCCUCCGUGUUGAGACAGAAUGGCUAAGAAAUAACUCCACUGGCCUCGGAGUUGACGACAUCCUGCUUGGAAAUUAUCAGGGCAAGGACGACGAAGACGAUUGA